UCCGGGACCGGGGGCUGCACCUCGCGGCCGGACCGGCAGCCACGGGCAGGGAGAGCGUGGGACAACCGGGCGGCGGGGCCACCGGACACGGCGGCGGAGGGGGCUCCCGUGCCUCUGAGGUGUUUCCAUGGCGCUGGGCAUCUGCCGGUGCCGCCACAGCCCCGAGCCCCUUCCUCUGCCCCCCGCACCGAGCACAGCGGGGCCGCGGGCUGCGGGGACGGGUGGUGUCCCCCGGGGACCCUCGGGGCGCGCAGGGGGCUGCGGAGCGAUGCGCGGGGGGGCCUUACCUGGCUGAAUUCCCCCGGCCAGCCCGUGCCAGCACAGACGCUGCCUGUUGAUCCUCCCGAGCGGGUCCCGCUGCAGAGGCUGCUGUGUCCUCUCCCACCCGGGGGGCUCACCCACCACGGAGCAGCGGGGGGUCCCAGCCAGCCUGACCGCAGGGCUCUGCGUUUCCUUCAGCAGUGAGGAGGCAAAGCCCACAGCUCCAGACCAAGAAGCCCUGGGAGAUGCUCGUGCUGUCUCCAGCGGGCUCUGCCUCGCAGCUGGAGAGAGCCAGGCGACGGAGCAGGAACCAUCUCAGCAGCAGGACCAGGCUGGCUUCCCUGGCACACGGGGAGAUCGGCUGCAUCCAGGCAAAUGCCAGGGUGGCUCCCGGGGAAGCAGGGCUGCAAAAGAGCAAGCUGCCGGCCCACCCUGUCCUCGCCCCCCACCCGUGAGUGGUGGCCGGUGCCAUGGAGGAGGUGACGGAGCUGGAGGUGGGGGGGAACUCCCUCCUGAAGGCAGUGUGGCUGGGCCGGCUCCGGCUGACCCGGCUGCUGCUGGAGGGGGGGGCUUACAUCAACGAGAGCAACGAGAAAGGGGAGACAGCCCUGAUGGUGGCCUGCAUCACCAAGCACGUCGACCAGCAGAGCAUUAACAAGGCCAAGAUGGUAAAGUACCUGCUGGACAACAGAGCGGACCCCAACAUCCAGGACAAGUCUGGGAAAACGGCCCUCAUGCACGCCUGCCUCCACGGCGCCGGGGGGGACGUGGUGUCCCUGCUGCUGGAGAACGGGGCCGACCCCAGCCUGGAGGACCACUCGGGAGCAUCCGCCCUGGUCCACGCCAUCAACGCUGACGACAAGGACGUGCUGCAGCACCUCCUGAACGCCUGCAGGGCCAAAGGGAAGGAGGUGAUCAUCAUCACCAUGGACAAAUCGGCCUCUGGCACCAAGACGGCCAAGCAGUACCUGAACGUCCCCCCCUCGCUGGAGUUCAAGGAGAGGGCCCCCCCCGAGGGGUGCACAGCCCCCUCCAGUGCCCACCUGAAAAACCCCGUCCCGGCACCUUCCUCUGUGGAGAAGGAGAGCGGCGUUUCCAUCCCACACCCAUCGCACCCCGGGGACACCCCCUCUGCCAGGGCUGCCGACGAGCCCCCCAGCGCAGCCCGGAGAGCCCGCCUGCCCCAGCUGAAGCGGCUGCGGUCAGAGCCCUGGGGGCUAGUGGCCCCCUCGGUGCUGGCCGCCUCCGCGCACCGCGACGACACGUGGGUCUGCACCAACGACGAGGUGAUCAUGGGCAUCGGCGACCUCUCGCUCUCCAAAAAGGCUCCCCUGGCCCGCAGCGGCAGCGGCAAGAGCAAGGACCCCUCUCUCUUCCCCCCCGUGGACGAGCAGGCUCUGAGGACGCCGCCAGCCCCAGGGCCACUGGCCAGGAAAGCAGCCUACGAGAAGAGCCAGGCCACCCACCAGCGCCUGCCCCGACGGAGCACGGUCCCUGAGGAGCUGGAGAGCGUCGGCUCCGCUGCCGCCGUCCCGGCCGCGGCCAUGGACCCGCUGCACCGCUGGAGGCUGGGAGCCGAGCACUACGAGGGUGACCCCCAGCCCCCCGGCGUCCCCGGCCCGGCCGAGGCGGGGAAGGCGCCGCUGGAGCGGAGGAAGCUCAGCGGGUCCCACCUGGCCUUGCUGGACGGCUCCCGGGAGUCCCUGGACGGCAUUACCGGCACGUCCCCCGCCACCGGCCGGCACCGGCCCCCCGGCUUGCUGGAGAGGCGAGGGUCCGGGACCCUGCUGCUGGACCACAUCUCCCACACCAGGCCGGGAUACCUGCCCCCCCUGAACGUCAACCCCAACCCCCCGAUCCCUGACAUCGGCUCCAACGGCAAAGCCUCCUCUCCGCUUGCCGCUGGCCUCAAGUCCCUGGUACCCGUGGCCCCCAGCUCGCCCAGGCGGGGCGACUUGAGAGCCAAGAGGAAGCUUCUCCGGAGACACUCCAUGCAGGCGGAGCAGAUGCGGCAGCUCUCCGACUUCGAGGAGGUAGUGGCCCAGUAGCCGUGUCACCGGUUGCUUCCCAGGAGGGUCACGAACCCGCACUGUCCCUGUAGAAACGUGAUGGUUCCCGCACAGAGCGGUGCCCUGGCCCCGGGGAAGCGCUGGUGGCCAUGGGGGUCAGACCAGGGUAUGAACUGGGGGGGCUCCUGCUCCCGUUUGCCAGAGCUGUAGGGAGAGCCCGGGCAUCCAGCCCAAACAGCCGGAGUCUCUUGAAUUCUUCAUUCAUUUCUGGACCUUUCCCCAGGAGCGACUCCCCGAGACACCAAUCCCAACCACGGGAGAUCACGGAGCCUCGCACCGGGGCUGCUGCCCGCAGGUCACUUGUUCCUCUCUGUUCUCAAUCUGCUUUUCUCCCCUCCCGCUGGUCCUGACACAGAAACCGUCCGGAGCCCCCGGCCGGGGGGGCUGAUGUGUUUGUGAAGUGCCUACCAGGAAGGAAAGGAGCUUAAUGCUGCAGGGGGCUGGAAGAGCAGACACGCACACCCCCCACCACCAGUAACAACUGAAUGUAUGGGUACCCCCCCCUGCUGUGGGGGGAGACGAUUCUCCACCUCAGAGAUUCCCAAGCACUUUGAAACUCCAGAGGCCGAGACAAACCCGUUUCUGCUGCCACCCGGAGCCUUCAGCUGGUCAGGAGCGGGGUUUCUCUGUCUCUGCUGCCACCGAGGGUCAGGGGCAUUUCCCACGCCACUGAGCAGCUCCGAGCACCCAAUUCCUGUCUGCAAUUCCCGUCUGCGUGGGAAGUUCUGCCAGGGAUGGGGGAGGAAGGAUGCCAAGGUGCCAGGGAUGGGGGAGCAAGGAUGCCAGGCUGCCAAGGAGGGCACACGGUGAGUGCCAAGGGCUCGUCCCAGCAGAGGAGAGUGACAGGGGCAGCACCGCAGCCAGGACACCCCCCUCCUGCUGACCCCGCUGCUGCGACUGCCCUUUGGGGCCGAAGCGGAGCUGAGUGGGGCCAGUGGCUGCAGGCAGGAGGAGGGGGCGGCUGCAGGUCCACCCCCAUGGCCCCGGCCCCAGCCAGCAGUGGGGAGCACUCCUCACCCCACGGGUGGGCCCGGGGGCUGGAUGUGCCCCGAGCUGCCACCCGUCCCACUGCACGGAGCCGGCAGCAGCGUCCCCCGCCGGGGCUGCCGUCGGGGUCUGCCCCCACCUCCAUCAGCCCCACACACGCUUCCGUCCGUGCCCCCGACGCUGCUGGCGACCCCCCGGCUCCUUGCCCAGGGCAUUGGGCCGCUUGCCCCGGGCUGUGGCGGAGCUUCGCACGGUUCCCGCCAGGAGCAGCGGGGCCGGUCGGUGGCACCUGCCCGGGAAUGUCCUCUGAAAGUGCUUUCUAGACUAAAAUACGCUAUUUAGAGUAAAGGUGGGUUUAUAUUUUUACAGCCUUAAAGUUUAUACUUUCUGUAGGUAAACUGUCUCAUAGAUUGAAUUUCGGGCAUAUUUUCCCUAGAACAGUGACGUCUGUCUUACAUUUUGGAGUGUGGCGUUUUAAAUCCUGUCGUCCACCUUUUCCAUCCACUUCUAAAUACCCCGAUAUUCUGC